ACCAGUUUGUGUUUAAACGCGAAUAGGCAUAGGCGCACAUCUCCCAGCUGCUGGCUGUGCCUGUCGACGAUUUCAAGCCCAAGCGAGAGGCCACUGACAGGUUGUGGAACUCGUUUCAUCUGUCGAUCGGUGCAAAUAACAAAAAAAAAAACAAAGUGCGCGCGCGUGUGUGUCUGUGUGUGUGUGUAUGUGCAAUAGACGUAAACGUUAUAUCUACCAUAAAUAUGCCUAUUGAAAACAUAUAAGAAAAAGUAUUAACUAAAUGUUAAAUAUACCAUAAAAUAUAUUAUAGCAAAAUGAGUAAAUAAAUUAAAGCAUAAACACAUGUAUUUGCGAGCAACUAACACGACCCUUUGGCCCCGGUGCUGAGUGACAGACGUGUCGCAGUGACCCGCAACCGGAACUCGGACUCGCUACAAAUAAGUAAAUAAAUAGUGUCCAGCAUCAGAGGACGAUUUGUCGGCAAACAGCCAAAGUCAAUAAAAAACAAACAGCAGAAAAAAAACAAAGUACAAGAAUAAAACGCAAAGUCACAACAGAACAAACAAAACAUUUUCCGGCUCCGGCGACAUUAACAGAACUGCUCGACAUCGACAAUUUGUUUUAUCAAUUUUCAACAAGGCCAACAACAGCAACAACAACAACAAUAGCGGAGCAGCCAACAAACCAACAAACAACAAAAGUGCCCAGAGUGCUUAGCCGCGCUCGCGCCAAGCACGCACGCCACCAACAACAAUAACAACAACAACAACACCAUCAUCUCCAUAUCCACAUCCACAUCCGCAUCCAUCUUCAGCUCCACCCACUCCUGGCCAACGAGCUGCAGCCACCCAACACCCAGCACCCAAAACCCCUUGUCAAGUGCUCAACAGCAUCCCGCCAGCAUCGGCAUCGGCCUUCGCCUCCGACCCCUUCAACGCCCCCGCCCAACAGUAUCCUUGCAGGGCGCGGGCGCCCCACAGUGAGCUCUCAUACUCGCGACCUGCCUUUUGCCGUAGCCGUUGCCGUCGCCAGUUACCGUCACCAGUUCAGCGACAAAGACGAACGCGACAAUGGCUGCAUAUGCGCAGUUUGGAUAUGGUUACCCGUCGGCAAAUCAGUUACUUGGCGGUGCGGCGGCAACUACUGGCGACAGCCAAAGCGGACAUGGUGGGGGCUCGGUGCCCUCGCCGCUGUCCGGCACAAAUGAGGCCUCCCUCAGUCCCUCGGGCGGCUCGACAGCGACAGGCAUCACUGGCCCCGUCAGUCCAGGUGCAAUUUCUCAAUCGUCUAACAAUGCGGGCCCGACAGCCGCGGCAGCCACAUCGCCGACGGAUGCAGAUGCAGUUGGCAGCGAAGUGACCGGCGCUACAGAAACAGAUGCCGCUGGCAGCGGCGUCGGCAGCGGCGGCAGCGCUCUAGAGGCUCAUGUCCGUGUUGCGAAUAGCAUGUCCUGCUGCGAAAACGGACGACCCAUCAUCACGGACCCCGUCUCGGGGCAGACAGUCUGCUCGUGCCAGUAUGAUUCGGCGCGUUUGACGCUCGGCGGAUACUCACGCAUGGCGAUACCCACAGCUGGCGUAGGCGUCUACGGCGGCCCGUAUCCCUCGAACGAGCAGAAUCCCUACCCCAGCAUCGGUGUGGACAACUCGGCCUUCUAUUCGCCGCUGAGCAAUCCCUAUGGCAUGAAGGAUACCACCUCCAGCUCCGAUAUGAACGCUUGGACCUCAUCGGGCCUGCAAUCAACUAGUGGGUAUUAUUCCUAUGAUCCCACACUGGCUGCUUAUGGCUAUGGGCCCAACUACGAUCUCGCCUCCCGCCGCAAGAAUGCCACGCGCGAGUCAACGGCCACGCUGAAGGCGUGGCUGAGCGAGCACAAGAAGAAUCCAUAUCCGACCAAGGGCGAGAAAAUUAUGCUGGCCAUCAUCACAAAGAUGACGCUCACCCAGGUCUCUACAUGGUUUGCGAAUGCACGACGCCGUCUGAAAAAGGAGAAUAAAAUGACGUGGGAACCAAAAAACAAGACGGAAGACGAUGACGACGGACUCUUGUCGGAUGAGGAUAAGGAGAAGGAGUCCAACGAGGGCUCCAAGCUGCAGGCCAGCGACACAUUUGAUCCCGGCCAACAACGCAUCAAGUCCGAGCUGGCUAAGACGGACAAAACGGAGCUGGACAUUGAGGAGAAGCUGGAGCGUGAGCCGCAGAAUUUGCUGGCCAUCCGUGGUCUGCCACCGUAUGGUACACCAAAUUUCAAUCCGCAUCCGGCCCACUCCUACAAUCCCUACGCACAUGCCCACGCCCACGCCCACGCCCAUGCACACCAGCAGCAGCAGCAUCAGCAGCAGCAGCAGGAGCAACAGCAGCAGCAGCAACAGCAGCAGCAGCAGCAGACGGCAGCCGUUUAUUACAAUCCCGGCUACGUGCAGGGUCAUGGCCAAGAUGUUGGUGGCAGUGAAUACGCCCUUCAAAAAAACCAGCUGAGCAGAGACUGUGGCAUACCGGUGCCGGCGAGCAAGCCCAAAAUCUGGAGUGUGGCCGACACAGUCGCCUGCAAGACACCACCGCCUACGGCAUAUCUCGGCCAGAAUUUCUAUCCACAUCAGCAGCAGCAGCAGCAGCAGCAGGCACAAGUGGCGCUGGUGCCCGAUACACCGACAACGACCCAGCUGCAUCCGGAGCAGCACUCAGCGCACGGCGCACACCCGACUAUGGGGCCGCAAGUCGAGCUCGGUUCGCCGCUGAGUAUGAUGAGCAGCUACGCCGCCGCAUCGCCAUAUUCGCGGAUACCUACGGCGUACACCGAGGCCAUGGGCAUGCAUACCAAGACGCCUAUCAAUAUGCAUCGCGAUCUAUCCCAGCUCCAGGUGCAUUCCAGUUUGAGCCAAGCACCCUACCUGCCCCAGUCCCAUCAGCAGAGGAUGGGGUUUACCGAGAUCCAGCCCGAUACACCGCCACAGACGCCGCCAAAUAUGAAGCUGAUCAGCCACAACAACAACAGCAGCAACACCAACAACAACAACAACAACAACAACAGCAGCAACAGCAGCAGCAGCAGCUCUACGCUGCAUUCCGGGCCCGGAACAGUGCCGGUAACAUCCAUGGGUUCAAUGCUUUACAGUAACAACAACAUAUAUCACAGUAGCAAUAGUAGCAGUAGCUAUCUAACGAGCAGUCGCUCCAACUCCUAAGGCCCAUGGGGGUGGCCUAUAUAGUACACUCAACAAAAUUUUCUUACCCAAAUUUUAGUAAAAUCGUCAAAAAAAAUA